AUGGGCUGCGAGAUGGGCACCGUGAAUCUGACCGGCGCCGAAUGGCUCGAAUCGGCGGUGGCGUCAUUGAAUGCUUCGUACUCGCAUAUUCAUCCAUAUGUUUCUGUCCUUUUAUGUCUUGCCGGAACCGCAAUGAACAUAGUUACCGUAAUCGUGCUCACGCGACCAUCGAUGCGCUCGGCGGUCAAUUCGCUGCUGUGCGCGAUUGCCCUGUGCGACAUUCUCGUGAUGACAAGCGUCCUCGUUUUCGUCACCCACUUCCUUCUGAUUGCCGGGUACAGAUGCGACCCAUCAGAUUACAACGUUUAUUGGGCAUAUUUUCUGUACUAUCAUUCUCAUGCUACCGUAAUAUUCCACGCGACAAGUAUAUGGCUUACGGUGCUUCUUGCGCAGAUUCGAGUAUUCUCAAUUCGGCGAGCGACAUCGGUCGGCGGCGAGUCGGUGUCGAAUCAGAGCACAUGCCUAAUCGCAUUGGCGACGUUCGUCUCCGUGUGCCUUCUCAAUAUUCCGAAUCUUCUCACUUUUGAGAUCAUCGAAGAGUCAUCAUCGUGGCUUCAGUGCAAAAUGAACGAGAGCACCGCCGACACAACUGUCUUUCUAGUCUCGCCAUCCGAGCAAUGCGCAUUGCUUAAUAUCGCAUUUUGGACCAAUGGGGUCCUUUUCAAAGUGGUACCUUGUGUUCUCCUCACAUUCUCCAUUGUUGCACUUGUGAGCAUCAUUCGAGAUGUGUCCAAGAGGAGGAAGAAUCUGGCACAGGUUAUGAACAAGAAACGAAUGCCAAGGGACCAUACAACUCCAAUGCUUGUGGCGGUUUUGUCGAUUUUCCUGCUGGCAGAACUGCCGCAAGGGGUUCUUCACGUGUUGAACGCGAUUUUCACCAAAGAGACAUUUUAUUUAAAGAUUUACAUCAAUCUUGGCGAUGUGAUGGACGUGCUAUCGCUUCUGAAUUCUGCCGUCAAUUUCAUCAUCUAUUGCGCGAUGAGCCGAAAAUUCCGUGCGGUCUUCAUUCAAAUAUUUCUUGCCUGUCUGCCACAAUCAAUCAUCAGAAAGUACGCAAUGGAACCGUUGUUGGAUGGCGAAAUUUCGCGAAUGCGACCAACUGAUACACCAUUGACAAAAUCUGAACAACUUGCGCUAACAUCACAUCGCGACCUGACAAUCAAAAGAUACAAUCGCUAUUGCACAACACCACGUGUCUCAUUCGACAUGGUCCGUAAAGAGUCGCGUGUGAGCAACAUUGAGCUAAUCGUCCCGCAAAUGAUGACCGAGAAGGACAACAUAUUCCGCCGCUUAUGGCGAUUCGUUCGACCAAAAGAAUCCGAAGUGUUCUCAACGAGCCCACAACGUCGUCUCAAACUCAUUCAAUGUGAAACAAGCACCGCAUUAUACUAG